ACGAACGCAGUAUUUCCAGAGCGGCAUUCAGUCUUGGCGGUCACUUGUAGAAGACUAUACAGCGUGUUCAAUAUCUUUUGACUCCGAUAAGCUGGCUGCUAUAUCGGGACUCGCUGAGCGAUUGGAGACAAGAAGUAACACUCGCUGUUUCGCUGGUAUUUUUCAAGACUCCUAGGGAAACGGUUUGAUGUGGCGAUCGAACUUCGAGAAUCCUAUGACACAUAUGGAUUCAUUCCACGCACCGUCAUGGAGUUGGGCCGCUUAUAAAGGGCCCAUUAUCUAUAGCCUUGGGCGAGGCAUGGAAGCGGGCAAAUCCACCAGCCACUGCGAAAUCUCGGAGCUUGCGUUUGACAUCGAGAACAGCUGCCCUCACAAAUGCUCAAAAACAUCGACCACAUGCGUCGUAGGAAGCGUACGAUGGGUAGGAAUGAUUGGCACUGCAAUCCGAUCAGGCACUUUGAGUUUCUUGAAUCUUUCUAACGAUAAAGAUCUCAUCGAAAUCCUUGGUUCCCCCGUCCACUGGGAGCCACGACCGCCACUGCGCAUCGUCCGGAGCGUAGCAGAAGAAGGGCCGCGGAAGCUCAGUAUCCCUGGUCGGUCCGAAGCGUUGAAGGAUGAGAAAGGACGCAUAGUCGGCUGGGUUCUCUUGGAUACGGAUGGCUCUGUGACUGCGGGGCCAUCAUUCUUUUGUGCGGCAAUGAGGCGUUGGCAGAGGACAACCUAUGCAGACCGUUCAUUGGGUGUUGUUCUGGGGUUCGAUUACAGGGGGGAGGAGAUAUUGGACAUCCUUGCAUUGAAACGACGCGGCGAGAACCCCCGGACUUAUGAGCGGAUUGGGAUCGGGAGAAUCGUCGACAAGAGCUGGAUACGAAACUGUUGUAGACAGACAAUAGAAGUCUGGUGAGAUGGGAGAAACAAUAGUAGCCGGCAGUGAUGGCGGUCAGAUUGUUGCCAAAUUGGGGUCGCCGAAGGGUAGCAACUUGCAAAGCAAGUGGUACGGAAAGUAUACACGGAAAGAGGUGAUUGUGAGAUUGAGAAGGAUUGGAAUCAAAGGAAGAGCAGGAAUGUGGUAUAGGAGGGAGUCGUGAAAGCGGAACUC